AUGUGGGUUUUAUUUUUCAUGAUUUUCGGAAUUUUGAGGUGAGCAAAAAGAGAGGUUGUGGGAUCUUGAAUAAUAUGAUGUUUUUUGUUCAGAGCACAAAGUGGGCAAGAUGAAUGUGCCAUUCUCGAAGCGAGCAGAUUCGGUAAUUUUGCACUUGGGAAAGAAAAAAAAGAGAAAAAUAAUUUGAAAUUCAAAACUUUUUUGAAGACACAAAAAGAGUAGUGAAAAUCAGAGUGGGGCUAGGAUUUGUGCUGAUUUGAAAGGGCCCUGGGCUUGGGGUAAGCCUGAUAAUUCUAGUAUUUGGACUAAUCUGGGGGCCUGAACCUAAAGAAGGAGGCAUCUUUCACCUCAAACUGAAAAAGCUCGUGGCUAUCCUGACAAGAUCAUGCACUUAGGCUAACCUUAAAAAACCUUAGGCUUUGUGGAAACCUGUAAAGAAGCUCUAAGAUCCGAGCUAUCCUGAAAAAGCACCAGACCUUAGGAAAGCCUAAAACUAAAUUAGAAGCUAACCUGGAAAGAUCCUAAACUUUGGGCUAAUCUGAAGAAGCCCUGGGAUACUGAACCUUCUUGAACAUUUUUUCUAGCCAAAUUGAUCCCCGAACAAGUUGAUGCGAAAGCAAAAGCGGCGGCAACUGAAACCAUCAAAAACACCGAUCAAAAACCAUGGUAUGAGACCGAAGAACAUCUCGAGCGCAACUUUAUCGCCAAGAAAAUUGUCCAAGAACAAUUCCCGUUCCAACUUUGCGAUACCGACGAGUUUUCACCAAGUGUUGUCAGCCUCAAUAGAAUCAUGUCGUGCGAACAUGUGAGUUUGCUCUAUUCAGAAAAAUAUGGAGGGAAAUUACAUUUUUUGCAGAUUUGCCGAAAAUGUUUUGCUGGAAGCGUCUCGAUCUGUCUGCUUCGCAAUUCGAAAUACAUGUAUGAUUUAAAAAAAUCUUUAAAAAAUUUUUUUUUCAAAAUCAAAAUUUUUGCAGGCAAAUGGGCGAGACCUGCUUGUGCACCUACAGUCUCACUGAUCCAAUUUCGGAUGCCGCGUUCUCUUUGAGACACGAGCGAAGAAUUUUCAGCCGUCGCAUUCGUCACGCCUAA